AUGCUCGUCACUACCUCCCACUCGUUACCGCGACUGCUUGCCCUCCCUCUGUUCUUCUUCAUAUGCGGAGUCUUCUUCUUCUUUCCCCAGCAAUACCAUGGCUCGGCUGCCAUCCACAUCCCCAUCUUGACGGGCAAAAACCUCACUGCCGCCAGUUCAACCUUUGAUAGGUCUGUUCGAGAAUUUUGGUCAGACCUCGCCACUGCUCUGGUUGACGCCCAACCACAAUGUGAGCCUUUGCAGCUCGACGAUGAGGGAUUCGACGACGUUGUCAAAUUCAAGCCGCUCGAACCUCACAGGACACACCCUGAUCGGCUGGUCAACUUCACAAAGAAUGAGGAGUUGGCCUUGUUCAGAGCGCACUAUACCAUGCGCAGUUCUGCAAAAGAGCUGGCGUCCAGAGUCCCCUUUGCACAGGGUACUACAGGCAUCGUUACUACCGCUAACGCCAUGUACAUGCCUAUCUUUUUGGUCUCACUGCGCUUGCUACGCAAAACGGGAUGUGAUUUGCCCAUGGAAGUCUUCAUCGAUGACUGGAGCAAGUACGACGCAACAGUGUGCGAGACCGUUCUACCUUCUCUCAACGCCCGUUGCGUUGUCUUAUCCAACAUUUACGAGACGGCCGCCAAUGCCAAACCACCCAGUCACUACCAGUACAAAGCAUUUGCGAUCCUAUUCUCGUCCUUCCAGCACGUUCUGUUCCUCGACAGCGAUGCCUUCCCCUCGCAAGACCCGAAAAGUUUAUUCUCCGUUGCCCCAUAUACAACCCAUGGCCUGGUAACCUGGCCAGACUUUUGGGCGCAAACCAUAUCGGCGCAUUUCUAUCACAUCGCCGCCAUCCCCGAAGUCCUCUCGCAAUCGCGCCUCUCCACCGAAAGCGGCCAGCUCCUCAUGAACAAAGACCUACACCGUGAAACCCUCCUCAUGAUGGUCUACUACAACUACUACGGCCCAGACUUCUACUACGUUCUCCUCAGCCAAGGCGCCCCCGGCGCCGGUGACAAAGAAACCUUUACGCAAGCCGCCCUCGCCGUCGGCCUUCCUUUCUACCAAGUCCGCACUGCCCCGAUGGCCCUCGGCCGCUUCCUCAACGGCACAUAUAAAGGCACGGCAAUCGGCCAGGCAGACCCCAGUCUCGACUACCAGUACCUGCCCCCGAUGCGCAACCACAUCCACGAGGAAGCAUUCUGGCAAGACAAGGAUCUCGUCACCCAAUCUCAGCGGAAUAAGCCGCGUAUAGCGCCAAGCAAACCUAUCCCCAUUUUUAUUCACCAGAACAAUCUUAAGCUCGACCCAGCCCAGGUUCUGAAUGAUAAGCUCCCGUUUGACAUGGAGGGCCGCUCGCAUAGGCUGUGGGGCAAGAAAGAAGAUAUGCAGAAGCAGCUCGGAUAUGAUGUUGAGCAGCGCAUGUGGGAUGCUAUUGUCGAAGAAGGGUGUAGAGAGGAUGCGGGCAGUGAAAAAUGUAGGAAGUUGCGGGGGUGGUACAGAGAUGUUUUUGGCAAUGUCGAGGUCGACAUGCCACUCCGGUCAUGA